CUCAUGAAGAUGACUGUGGCAUAUAAUCAUCGCAGAUCUGCACGUCGUGUUGAGGACGCAAAAAGAAAAGCAAGGCCAGAGUUGAAUCACUUUGGAUGGGAUACGCUUGGCCUUGCUCAGAAAUUUGUUCUACCUGAUUUUCAAGACAAUAUAAUGAGAGUGGAUGGUUCCAAGCUGUCUCUUAGCGAGUUCCGUGAAAAAUAUGAAACUCCUCGUAUUCCUAUCAUUCUGACUGGUUUGACUGAUAAAUGGCAGGCGCAUGAAAAAUGGACGGUUUCGAGAAUUGCUAGAAAAUAUCGUAACCAACGAUUCAAGUGCGGAGAAGAUGAUGACGGCUACUCAGUGAAGCUCAAAAUGAAAUAUUAUGCAGAUUAUAUGGUGCAUAAUGUGGACGACAGCCCGUUGUACAUAUUUGACAGUGGAUUCGGCGAUCGUCAUAAAACAAAAAAGCUUCUCGAUGAUUUUGUCGUUCCUCAUCUCUUCAGGGAUGACCUAUUUAGUUAUGCCGACCACAAGAAACGUCCUCCUAAUCGAUGGUUUGUGAUGGGCCCAGCUCGUUCCGGUACAUCUAUUCACAUUGAUCCGCUUGGCACUAGUGCCUGGAAUUCCUUGAUCAAGGGACACAAACGGUGGGUGCUAAUACCACCUGACACACCUCGAACGUUAGUUAAGCCGUACGAGUCGGAAAAAGGCAAACAUCCGGAUGAGGCCAUAACCUGGUUCUCGACGGUUUACAAACGUGUUCGUGCGUCAACAUGGCCUAAAGAAUAUCCUGUAAUUGAGGCACGCCAAGGUCCGGGCGACACAAUGUUUGUCCCGUCGGGUUGGUGGCAUGUGGUAAUAAACGAAGAUAACACCAUCGCAGUAACCCAAAAUUACUGUUCCGUAGUGAAUCUACCACAGGUCUGGCCAAGAACCGUGAAGGGCAGACCGAAACUUAGCAAGCACUGGUUCAAGAGGCUCAAUCAAGAACGUCCCGAGUUGAUCCCCAUCAUGGAGCAGUCAAUGCAUGGGCCACCUGUGAAUGAGUCAAGCAGCGAUUCGUCAUCUAGUAGUUCGAGCAGUGAUGAUGACACAAGUUCUGAUGAUAACACAACAACCACUGUUGAUUGUUCAGAAAGACCGAGAAAAAGGUGA